UUAAACCCCCCCGGUCUCCCUCCUCUUCACCUCCUCCCGCAGCAUCUAUUUGUACAUAGCGAUAGAAAAAACAGCAAGAAACUCGGAACACAUAUAUGUAGUACAACUACUAAAAUCCCACUCCAUCCAUCUCAUCGUAAUUACACAGUCAUAUACAUAUCCUCUCCCACGCUCUGAUCAAUGGGUGCUCAUCCGCACUUUGAACCAAUCUCGAAAUGUAGCUCGGAGGGACGGUCGAAUCAGACCGUGGCAGCAGACCUAGAUGGCACCCUUUUGGUAUCCACAAGUGCUUUUCCCUACUACAUGCUUGUUGCUUUAGAAGCCGGCAGCCUUCCAAGGGCAUUACUCCUCCUGGCCUCUGUUCCCUUUGUGUACUUCACAUACAUUUUCCUAUCCGAAUCUGCAGCCAUCCAUACUUGGGCAUACAUCGCCCUUGCUGGACUCAAACUGCGGGAUAUCGAACUCGUUUCGAAGUCCGUAUUGCCCAAGUUUUAUGCGGAAGAUGUGCACCCCGAGACCUGGAGGGUGUUCAAUGCUUUUGGAAGGAGAUACAUUAUAACCGCAACUCCCAGAAUCAUGGUGGAACCUUUUGCCAAGAAUUUCCUUGGGGCCGACAAGGUUCUGGGGACAGAGCUGCAAGUGUCAAAAUCUGGACGUGCUACGGGAUUCUUGAAGAAGCCUGGUGUUCUUGUCGGCGAACGCAAGAAAGCAGCACUCAUUCAAGAGUUUGGUACUGACGUGCCUGAUUUAGGUCUAGGAGAUCGAGAGACAGACCAUGAUUUCAUGUCCAUAUGCAAGGAAGGUUACAUGGCACCAGGAGCAAAAUGCGAACCCCUACCAAGAAAUAAGCUGCUAAGCCCAGUCAUUUUUCACGAAGGUCGUCUGGUACAAAGGCCUACACCUCUUGUGGCCCUGUUGACCUUCUUGUGGAUGCCGAUUGGGAUUGUCCUCUCCAUCCUUCGUGUUUACCUCAACAUUCCCCUGCCCGAAAGAAUUGUUCGGUACAACUACAUGAUUCUGGGAAUCAAACUCGUUGUGAAGGGCAACCCACCCCCACCUCCGAAGGAAGGCCAUAGCGGGGUCCUAUUCGUCUGCAACCACCGCACGAUCCUAGACCCCGUUGUUACGGCGGUGGCACUGAGAAGGAAGAUCAGUUGCGUGACAUACAGCAUAAGUAAAUUCUCAGAACUGAUUUCACCGAUCAAAGCCGUGGCAUUAUCUCGAGAACGAGAAAGGGAUGCAGAGAACAUCAAGCGUUUGCUUCAAGAAGGUGACUUGGUUAUCUGCCCCGAGGGGACUACGUGCAGGGAGCCAUUUCUGUUGAGAUUUAGCGCACUCUUUGCCGAGUUGACAGACAGAAUUGUCCCCGUCGCCAUUAACACUAAACAGUCCGUAUUUUAUGGGACAACUGUGCGUGGGCACAAGUUUUUGGAUCCCUACUUCGUUUUCAUGAAUCCCAGGCCCACCUACGAGAUCACCUUCUUGAAUCAACUGCCCCCGGAACUGACUCGCCGAGGUGGUGGAAAAUCUGCUAUUGAAGUUGCCAACUACAUCCAAAGGGUGCUCGCCGGCACGCUAGGCUUCGAGUGCACUAGCUUGACCAGGAAAGACAAGUAUGCCAUGAUGGCCGGAACAGAUGGCCGUGUUGAAAACAAGGAGGACAAUUCCCAUGAAAAGAAAUGAGCAGUCCUGAGUCCUCCAUUUGUUUCCCCAAGUAGUAUAAUGUUUUCGAACCUUUUUCGUCGUAUUCAAGCAAAAGAGGGGAAAAGAAAAACGAGAACAAAAUAAUUGUUGAUCGUUAUGAUUAAGAUCUUCAUAUGGUAUAACGCACCACGUAUAUGCUUUCUGGAUUACAUUACAUGCAUAAAGUCUACGUCCCAGUCUUGCUUA